AUGGCCGACGCUCCCAUCUCCUUCAUUCCCCUCGGCGCCAUCGUUCAGUCCCUGGUCGUCAAGGGCAUCAACAUUGUCCAGGGCUUCGCCACCCAGGAGGAAUAUGAAAAGUACAACUCUCCCUACUUUGGCGUCACUGUAGGUCGUGUCGCCAACCGCAUCAAGGGUGCCCGCCUCGACAGCCUCAACGGCAAGGAGUACACCCUCGCCGCGAACAACGGCCCCAACCACCUUCACGGCGGCGAGGUCGGCUGGAGCAAGCGCGUAUGGGACGGUCCCAAGCCUGUUGGCCUCCGUGAGGUCCCUGGUAUUGACAACUUCGAGGGAGGCGAGAGCGUUGCCUUUACCCUCACCAGCGAGGACGGCGAUGAGGGUUACCCUGGCACCGUCGAGGUGACUGUCGUCUACACGACUGGCAUUCAGAAGGUUGAAGGAAAGGAGGUCACCAUCCUUGCCAUGGACUACGAGGCCAAGCUCAUCGACGGCGCUGAUGAGACCGUCAUCAACAUGACCAACCACUCCUACUUCAACCUCAGCGGCCAGGACACCAUUGACGGCACAAACAUCACCCUCCCGACCAACAAGUACCUCGCUGUUGACGAAGGCCUCAUCCCAACUGGCAAGAUUGAGCCCUUCCCAGGCGUCAACGCCGACGAGGCCGUCCUCAUGGGCGUAAAGGAGCCCAACAUCGACCACUGCUUCGUCCUCAACACGGACCCCUCCUCGGUGCCUCUCGACACCCGCUCCGAGCCCCUUAACCUCAACCUCCGGGCCCACCACGCCGGCGCCGGCGUCAACCUCGAUGUCCUGAGCACUGAGCCCACCUUCCAGGUCUACACGGGCUCCGGCAUCGACGUGCCCGAGGUCAACGGUAAGGCCGCCCGUGGUUCGCGCGCCGGCUUCUGCUGCGAGCCUGCGCGCUACGUCAACGCUGCCAACGUCCCCGAGUGGAAGAACAUGGUCCUGCUCAAGAAGGGAGACACGUACGGCGCCAGGAUCGUGUACAAGGCCUGGGCGGACUAA